CUCCUUUUUUUAUUCGAAGAAUAAUUGACAUUGUAUUACUUAAAAUAUUAUUCUUGAAAUAUAUCCUCAACCGUCAUAUUUUGUUAUACCUAACUGUAAAUAAGUGUGUCUACCUCGAGCACUCCUGAAAUUCUCAACUAAGAAUGAAUAUAGCUAUCUUGAUUUCUGAGUUACGGUGUUCAUCACAAGAGAAGUGUAAUACAUGAAGUAUUGUACAAACAGGCAUGCCUCGGAUAGUAAAACUUAAACAAAUCGAGAGUUACCUACAAGAUGUGGAGGGAUUUGAAAAACCCAAGAUUCUACUGGAACAAUACACGACUCCACCUCAUAUUGCAGCCUGUAUGCUACAGACAAUUCACUCAACUUAUGAUGACAUUGAAGACAAAUCUAUUGCUGAUUUAGGAUGUGGGUGUGGAAUAUUAAGUAUUGGUUGCUCUCAACUUGGAUCUGGAUACUGUGUUGGAUUUGAUGUUGAUGAAGAUGCAUUAGCUGUUUGUAGACAAAAUAUCCUUAGCAAUGAACUUGAUAAUAUCGAUUUAGUGCAAUGUGAUAUUACACAACUUAAUCUACAGCAGACUGCGGGAUUUCAUAAAAGUUUUCAUACGGUUAUCAUGAACCCACCAUUUGGAACCAAACGCAAUCAAGGAUUAGAUAUGAUAUUUCUGAAGACUGGGUUAGCGUUAGCCACUGAUGCCGUGUACUCUCUUCAUAAAUCUAGUACAAGGGAAUUCAUCAAGAAAAAAGCUGCUGAGUGGCAGGUGAACCUUGAAAUUGUUGCCCAACUUCGUUUCAACAUUGAAAACACAUUCAAAUGCCAUAAAAAGAAAUCUGUUGACAUUGAUGUUGAUUUCCUUAGACUGUCAUUUCAAUCAAACUCUCAAACUUGAUCUAAUAAAUAACCUUUUGUUCUAAUAACA